AUGAAGCUACAGUCUUGCAUCCUGCUGACACUGACACUCGAACGAGGAUGUGCCUUUGUGCAAAAUGCGCAAACCUCACAGCGAGUUAUUGCAACUUGUGAUGUACCCUCCAAGACGACAUUGUUUGCCGAUCUUUUAGCCGAAGAAGGGACUUGGCAGGCUUAUUUGGAUGAAGAAAGCACUGGCCUUAUCUAUUAUUUUGACAGUGCCACGGGGCAGUCUCUUUGGGAGCCACCCACCGAUACCUUUCCCGAGGUCAAAUUGCCACGAAAGAAACAACGAUUGGCCGACGACUUGCGUCGGGAGUACCGUCAAUCAUUGGGGCUAGACGAUAAUGGAGAGAACGACUCCAGCUGGUUUUCGGGUCUAUUUGAACGCGGAAACCAAGAAAGCGUAGCAGAAUCCGAAGCAGUAGUAGAAGAAGUAGCAGAGGAAGAUGUUGAAGAGGACGAGUCGACACCUGCAUGGCCGCUCAAGGGAAUUAAAUUGAACCUCCAGCAGCAAGCAGACGAGGAAAGUAUGGUGAAAGUAGAAGAACCAAAGGAAGCAGAGAGCCAAAUACCCAAACCUUGGUUCGGAAACAUUGGGGCAAAAAAGGAAACUCCUGUAGAAGUAGAAGAAGAAGCCACAGAGGCAGAGCCAAAGAGCGGCUUUUUUGGUGGACUUUUCGGUGGCAUGUCAGCAGCCAAGGCAGAAGUACAAGAAGCAGCAGAAGUGAAGAAAGAGCCAAAGCCAGUUGAUAAGAAGGAAGUCAAACCAAAAUCGAGUAGUGUCCUUGAUGCGCUAAAACCCACUGCGUUGGACGACAAGAAUAAAGUCAAGAAAACUGCGGAAACUCAAACUCCCAAGCAGAAGAAAGACCCGAAGAUUAGUGGUAAUGUCAAGAAGGCCAUUCCUACUCCGUCUUUAAAGAAUGGGAAGGAGGUGAAGGUGGAACCCAUCCAGAUCGAGAUGGCAUCCAAUAUUAUUCCUCACCCUGCCAAGAUCUUGUGGGGAGGCGAAGAUGCCGUCUUUACCAAGGGAAGAUCCUUCGGUGUCUUUGAUGGUGUCUCGGGAGCCAGCAAGAAAGAUGGUGUCGCACUCUAUUCGAGAACGCUUGCCAAUGAAAUGAAGAAGCGAGUUGGAAAUGAAGGAUUGAAUGUUCCAGAAAUGACCAAAUACCUGACCGAGGCUGCUGAUAUUGCUGAUUCCCAAGCAACUGGUGCUUCGACUGCUGUCGUGGCGUCCAUCGGUGAAAAUGGAUUCUUGCAAGCGUUGAAUGUGGGCGACUCUUGCUGCAUGGUUAUUCGCGACGGAAUGGUGGCUGCCAAGACACGGGAAAUCAGUCACUACUGGGAGUGCCCAUAUCAAUUGUCAAAUGACUCUCCCGAUCGACCAAAAGAUGGUACCAAAUUGAAUGUCGAAUUGACGGCUGGGGACAUUGUGCUGAUGGGAUCCGACGGUAUCUUUGACAAUGUCAAUGAUGAUCUAAUUUUAGAUACCAUUGUCAAGUGCCCUCCAAAGGCCGGCCAAAUUGCCAAGCAAAUUAGCAAUGUGGCCCGAAAGCAAUCGGUGAGCAAAGAUGCAGCGACUCCUUAUUCGCAACAAGCUAUGAAGCGAGGCCUACCAGAGUACCAAUCUGGUGUGGGAGGAAAAGUGGACGACAUUGGAUGUGUCGUUGUCGUUUGCAAGUAA